GAGCCAUGGCGGACAGCAGCUCCUUCUCCUCGCCCGCUUGCUGCUUCACGCGGCACCUCUACCUGCGCUGCCGCGUGGACUUCGCCGCGCGGGCGCUGCGGGGCACCGCGGCGCUCACGGCGCGCGCAGAGCGCGAGGCGCUGCGUUGCUUGGUCUUGGAUACAAAAGACCUCCAGAUAUUUAAAGUGACUGUAAAUGGACAGGAUGCAAAAUUUGGUUUUGGACCAAAGCACAGUUUCAAGGGGACUCCACUGGAAAUUACGUUUCCUUUUGAAUUGAGGAGGGGACAAGAAGCAAUCAUUGAAAUCUCUUUUGAAAGCUCUCCAAAGUCUUCAGCUCUCCAGUGGUUUACUCCAGAGCAAACUUCUGGAAAGAAACAUCCAUUUCUCUUCAGCCAGUGUCAGGCUGCCCACUGCAGAGCCAUCCUUCCUUGCCAAGACACUCCUGCUGUGAAACUAACGUACUAUGCAGAGGUGUCUGUUCCUAAAGAGUUGGUGGCUCUUAUGAGUGCUCAUCGUGAUGGAGAGAUGCCUGACCCAGAGGACAGCAGUCGGAAGAUAUACCGUUUUAGUCAGAAUGUUCCGAUACCUUGCUACUUGAUUGCUUUAGUGGUUGGAGAUUUGGAAAGCAGAGAGAUUGGCCCAAGGACAUUGGUAUGGGCUGAAAAGGAGCUAGUGGAUAAAUCAGCCUACGAAUUUGCUGAGACUGAAGCCAUGCUGCAAACAGCAGAAGAUUUAGCAGGACCUUAUGUAUGGGGACAGUAUGAUCUGCUAGUCUUACCACCUUCUUUUCCUUAUGGUGGCAUGGAGAAUCCUUGCCUUACUUUUGUAACUCCAACACUGUUGGCAGGUGAUCGAUCUCUAUCAAGUGUUAUUGCUCAUGAAAUCUCUCACAGCUGGACAGGAAACUUGGUGACAAACAAAACUUGGGAGCAUUUUUGGCUAAAUGAGGGACAUACUGUAUACCUGGAACGCAGGAUUGGUGGUCGGUUGUUUGGUGAGCAGUUAAGGCAAUUUCAAGCCCUAGGAGGUUGGAGGGAACUGCAGAAUACGAUAAAUACUCUUGGAGAAACAAAUCCUAUAACUAACCUCGUCCCUAAUCUGAAUGAAGUAGAUCUUGAUGCUGCCUAUUCAUCUGUUCCAUAUGAGAAAGGCUUUGCUUUGCUUUUUCACCUUGAACAACUUCUUGGGGGACCAGAUGUCUUCCUUGGCUUCUUGAAGACUUACAUUCAACAGUUUGCCUAUAAGAGCAUAACGACUGAGGACUGGAAGAAGUCCUUGUAUUCCUACUUCAGUGAUAAGGUAGAUGUUCUUGAUAAAGUUGAUUGGAAUGCCUGGCUGCAUACUCCAGGAAUGCCACCAGUGAAACCUACAUAUGAUAUGACACUAGCAAAUGCUUGUAUUGCCUUAAGCCAAAGAUGGAUCCAAGCAAAAGAGAGUGAUUUGUGCUCAUUCAACUCAGCAGAUCUGAAGGGGAUGUCAUCUCAUCAGUUGAUUGAGUUCCUGGCACUGUUGCUUCUGGAGGCACCGCUUCCAGUGUCACAUGUGAAACGAAUGCAGGAAGUAUACAACUUCAAUGCUAUAACUAAUUCUGAAAUAAGAUUCAGAUGGCUGCGUAUCUGCAUCCAGGCCAAGUGGGAGGAAGCCAUUCCUCUGGCUCUAAAAAUGGCUACAGAUCAAGGCAGAAUGAAGUUUACCCGACCCUUGUUCAGAGACCUCUACAGUUUUGACAAGUCCCGAGAUCUGGCAGUCAAGACGUUUCUGGAGCACAGAGCUUGUAUGCACCCAGUCACUUCAAUGCUUGUGGGCAAAGACUUGAAACAGGAUCAGUGACAAAUUUCUUUGAAAUGUUCUUAUUACUAGGGAAAAACAGAAAAGACUAAUUCUGCAAACUGUGCUGAUAUGCCUGCUCGAUUAUCCCAUAAAAUGUUCUGCUGCUUUGGUACUAAUUUAGCUUAAAAUGAACCUUCCAAAUCAAGUUUUCUAUUCCAGACUUCGUAGUUGAAACUGCAAAAUCACUGGAUCUAUGAAGUUAGGAGAAUGAUUUUUAUUACAGUCAAUUUUUAAAAUACAAAAAAGAUAUUCUGAGAUGAAGUCAUUUUUGUCAGUUAUGUGGAAUUUUAAAAUGUGGAAAAUUAAUUGGUGGUUAUUGUCACCAUUUGUGCACAGCUUUCUUUUUCAUAACAACAUGCAGUUGAAACUUCCAAGUAACUGAAGACUUAAUAAUAAAUCUUUUUAUUGCUCAA